GAGCAGUACUGGAAGAAAGCGAGAAAAGAAAGAUGGCUACGGAGUUUCUUACCUUUGGUGCCCAGGAAAUACUGAAGAAACUGGCUUCGCUUGCCGGUCAAGAAUUUGGUCUUGUACGAGGAUCCAAACGAGAGCUAGCAGCCCUGCGUGAAUCAUUAGUAAUGACUCAAGCUAUGCUACGAGACGCCGAACAGUCACACGUUAGGAGCGAGGCUGUGGAAAUGUGGGUGAAGAAGCUUCAAGACAUAACUCAUGAUGCUGAUCAUGUGUUGGAUGAACACGAAUAUGAAGUUCUGCGGCGUAGGGUUGAGCUGCAAAACCAAAUGAAGAAAAAGGUACUCGACUUCUUUUCGUACUCCAAUCCGAUUUCCUUUCGUCUUAAAAUGGCGCAUAAAAUUAAGAAAAUCAACACAUCUUUGGAGAGUUUGAAUAAGAUGGUAGCUGGUAUGGGGUUGGUUGAUAGGGCAGUUGUAGAAGCAACCUCUCAUGAGAUAGGAGCUGACAGGGAAACCAUCUCCAGCUCGAUCGAGAUGAGAAGUACAUCGUUGGAAGGGCUGAGGUCGUGUCAGAGAUAGUUAAAACCUUGAUUAACUCAAGCAAUAAUCAGGAGAAUUAUCUUUCCGUUAUGGCGAUUGUUGGAAUGGCAGGCUUAGGAAAGACAACUUUGGCUAAAUUGAUAUAUCAUGAAUAUGAAAUAGGAAGACACUUCCAUGAAAAAAUAUGGAUAUGUGUAUCUACUCCUUUUAAAGUCAACACAAUUUUAAGCGGAAUUUUAGAAAAGCUUAAACCAGAGAAGGCUCGGAUAAGAGGGAAGGCAACAAUAUGUGAAAACCUCCAAGAACAUUUGAAAGGAAAAAGAUAUCUUCUCGUGCUUGAUGAUGUUUGGAAUGAUGAUCCUCAAAAAUGGGAUAAUUUGAUAAGUUGUUUAUCAAAUGUUCAAGAUACUAAAGGAAGCAACAUCGUUGUCACUACCAGAAGUGUUAGUGUUGCAUCAAUUGUGCAAACACUUCCUAGGCAUGAUUUGAGAAAACUAUCAAAUGAAGAAUGUUGGCUCAUAUUAAAGGAUAAAGCAUUUCCAGAUGGGAGUUCUCCUUUAACUAAUGAUGAAGGGAGGAUUGCAAGGGGGAUUGCUAAAAAAUGUGUAGGUGUACCAUUGGUGGCAAAGGUUUUGGGCAAUAUGAUGCGUUCUAAAAAGAGAGAUGGAUGGUGCUCAAUUCAAGAAUGUAACAUAUGGGAUUUACCAGAAGGAGGAGAAAGAAUAUUAUCAGUUUUGAAGUUGAGUUUUGAUCAAUUAAAAUCAUCAUCUAUGAAACAAUGUUUUGCAUAUUGCUCAAUGUUUAGCAAAGAUUUCAAAAUUCAAAAGGAUGACUUGAUCCAACUUUGGAUGGCUCAGGGGUUGCUGCGCCCUUUUACCAGCAAAAGUAAUCUAGAGAUUGAGGACAUAGGUGAUAAGUAUUUUAGAAUUCUAUCCAAGAACUCAUUUUUUCAAGAUGUUACCAAGGAUGAUCAUGAUAUUAUCACUGAAUGCAAGAUGCACCAUCUUUUCCAUGAUCUUGCAAAGCAUAUAUCAGAAUCAAUGAGUAAAGACUUCAAUCAGACUCGACAUAUGGCAUAAAUUCCUACCUCAGUGCUACUUGCAAAAAAGAGUGGUCAUGAAUUACACUCAGUUUUUGUGAAAGAUGAAGUUCUUGGUAAUGCCUUACUGAGCUUUAAAGGUUUACGAGUCUUAAAAUUAUAUGAGGCUGAUAUUGAUGAGUUGCCAAUUUCAAUUGGAAAGAUGAAGCACUUGAGGUAUCUGGAUGUUUCCAGAACAAAGAUCAAAUCGCUCCCCAAAUCUAGUGGCAAGCUUUAUAAUCUGCAGACAUUAAGAAUGGAUUGUCUCAACUUUGAAGAGUUUCCAAAGGAAGUGCAAAAUUUGAUAAGUUUGAGGCACAUUUAUUUUA